AUGUUUUCGGCUACUUGUGGCUACCAAACCGCGAAAAUAUGCUUAAAAACGUGCGUGUGUGUAAAUAUCACAUCACAUCAACAACAACUAUUACUUAACAUAGACGAAACUCUCGAGAAACAAAACGAAGCAUCAUCUCUGGAGCAAAAUAUUACAAAGAAGAAAGAUGGAGAAAAGAAAUAA